AUGGACUGUAGACACCAUGGACUACAGACACCAUGGACUACAGACACCAUGGACUGUAGACACCAUGGACUACAGACACCAUGGACUGUAGACACCAUGGACUACAGACACCAUGGACUACAGACACCAUGGACUGUAGACACCAUGGACUACAGACACCAUGGACUACACCAUGGACUACAGACACCAUGGACUACAGACACCAUGGACUGUAGACACCAUGGACUACAGACACCAUGGACUACAGACACCAUGGACUGUAGACACCAUGGACUACAGACACCGUGGACUGUAGACACCAUGGACUACAGACACCAUGGACUACAGACACCAUGGACUGUAGACACCAUGGACUACAGACACCAUGGACUACAGACACCAUGGACUGUAGACACCAUGGACCACAGACACCAUGGACUACAGACACCAUGGACUGCAGACAUCAUAGAAAACAUGGACCACUGA